UUGAAACACUCCAUAAUUAGAUAACCGAAGUUGAUAUCUUCCAAUCAGUAUUCAUCCUAAUGCUAUUUGUACAAGCUGAUAAAAGAAAUCGACUCGUAAUAUUCAUUUAUCGUCAAAUCAACUUUCUCAAUCGUUUUAAAUCAACGUUAUUCCGUAUACUCAUAAUGGCAGGACACGAAGGAGAUCCCGCUGAAAUUGCAAAAUUAACUGGACUGUCCAAAUAUUUCAAUUCAAUCACUACCAGGGGACGUGUUAAUAUCGUAGCUGCUACCUAUGGAAGUAUUGCAGUUGGAUAUUUAUUGUAUAAAAUGGGUGGUUCAAAGGAUGCCAAACCACCAAAAUCUUCUUAAAUGAUUAUUUAUAUGUAUAGUUAUAAAUUAGUUUUUAAGAUACGUGUUAUAAAUAUUACCUAAAAAUUGGUUUCAAAAUUUUAUUGUUUAUAGUCCAAUAUUAAAUGAAAUGCUGAUAUUCAUACACAAUGCUUAACACAUGUUUUUACUAUGUGUAUUUUAUUCCAAGCAAUUUAUAUUCAAUAAUAAUGUAAAAUAAAAAAAUAUAAAAAUAAUA